AGGACGCCGAGUCUCUAUAAAUAUAUGUUUAUCAACCCUUCCAUUCCAUAUAUACCAACCAAUUAAUCAAUACACCCGAAUCCCAUCAUCGAUAUAGAAGAAGAAAGAAUUAUAUAUAUAUAACAUCAUCGACAUCAUCGACCAAUAUAACUAUCAAGCAGAGGAGGGAGCUCAUCUGUCACAAUGAUUUACACCGAUCAACCUCAUUUCAGUCACCCUCAACACAAUCUACAAUUGGAGAAGAGCGAAACGCCAUACACUUGCGAUGGCUGCAAGGAAAUAGGGUUUGGAAUAAGGUAUCGAUGCGAUGCCUGUAACUAUGAUCUCCACGAGGAUUGCAUGUUCCCCGACUCCUCAUCCAUCAGCCACCCAUUCUACAAAGGCUAUAGCUUCGAGUUUAUGGAAGGAGCCCCAGGAGAGCGCCAGCGAUACUGCGAUGCCUGCGGUAGAGACAUAAAGGGCUUCGUCUAUCACUGCCCAGAAGGAGGGUAUGAUUUGCACCCUUGUUGUCGCAGACUUCCCAAUGUAAUUCGAGGCGAAGGGGUGACGCUAAAGCUUCGAGACAAGGUGAAGUCCAGGUGCUACAAGUGUGGAAGGAGGGAGUUGUGGGGUAGGGUUACGGGAUGGUCCUACGUCUCUACCUGCACCAAAUAUCAUUUUCAUGUUUCAUGCGUCAAGGAUGUGCUUCUUGAGACGUGGAAGAGAGGCUAUUUAUCUCAUCUGUCGUCUCGGCAGGGAACAUGUCAUGAUGAUCAGGUUUUGGAGAAGAAUGAUGGAGCUUUGGUGGUGUGUAGUAGGAACCAGCUGGAGCAGCAGCUCGCCAUUCCUGCUAAUUCAACUACAAACGGUGCCACAAUUAGAAGGUAUUGGAGAAUUGCCAAAGUAGUCUUCAAAAUCAUUCUGACCUCCAUUCUUGGAGAUCCAACUGCUGCCAUUCUUGGUCUCAUCGAAUAUAUGGCGUCCUAAUCACGGCUGCUGGAAUUAAUAUAUCGUACGUUGUUAUUGCAGUGAAACCUUAUCAUCAUCAGGAGUCCGGCCAGAUUUACUCGAAUGAUGUAAAUACGAACAAGUUACUGACGAGUUCAAGCUA